AUGGAAGAUUUGAAUAUAAAUCGUUUUCAUGUGUUAUGUUUCCUUUUAUGGCAAUUCGCUCUGUUCUUCUGUUGUCAACAAUUAUUUCCGAUUUUUUAUAAUUUUAUGCCAAAACGAGAAUGUCUUGAUAGGAGCUUUCAUUGGAGUAAAGCUCAAUGUCUGUUAACGAACAAGGAGCAAUGUGAUGAACUGAUGAAUUGCUCAAGGAUUGUUGUUGAGAAGCCUAUCUUCCAUUCAAUUAUUGAAGAUUUUGAUUUAUUUUGUGGAGAGAGAGCUUAUGAUGCUACUUUAGUAGCGACAAUACAGUUUGUGGGAGUUCUCUGUGGAACUCUUAUCUAUGGUCAGUUGGGUGAUCAAUUUGGACGCAGAUCAGUUUCCUUCUGUGGAAUAUCUAUUGGAAUUAUUUUUGGAAUAGCAAGUGGGUUCGCUCCAUCUUGGGAGGUAUUCGCGGCAUUCCGGUUCAUAGUUGGAACGAGCAUUGCAUGUAUACUGAUAGUCUUCUACUCCUACAUAGUGGAGCUCAUUCUACCAAAUCAAAGGGUGUUCCUUCGUUCUUUCUUUAAUUGGGGAUAUGCCCGCAUUGUUUUCACUUUCGUCUGUUGGCUGUGCGGACAUUGGAGAUCAGCAGCUAUAGCAACUGCCCUCUUACCUCUUCCUAUUCUGCCUAUACUACUACUCCUUCUACCGGAAUCUCCAAAAUGGUUCUAUGAGAAGAAGCGUAUGGAAGAUGGCAAGAAAGCUGAAAACCGUAUCAGCGUUCUCUCUGGGAAAGAACUGAGCUCAGAGAACAUGUCAUCAUGCUUCGCUCCUUCCACCAAAGUGUACACAAUAAAGAAUUUGUUCUCAACAAAAAAGUUGACGAAAACCACUUUAGUACUUGGAGCUUUAUGGUUCAGCACCAGCUUAUCCGCCUUCGGGUCUGAUUUGAACUCUGGAAACUUGGCUGGAAGCUUCUAUGUGACACAGUUUAUCUCUGGCUUCGUAACUGCAUUCGCCAAAAUAUUUGUUUUUGUUCUCGAUUACUACUGGCCAAGCUUUGAUCGUCGUCGUCUUCAUCAGUAUCCUCAGAUAAUGAUGAUCUUAUGUUAUACGGCUAUCAUGAUGAUCAUGAUAUUCGCUCCAGAAUCCGACUGUAAUGGAAACACGUGGAAAGACUGGACGAUCAUAGUCAUCAAUAUAAUAGGAGUUUCACUAAUUGAAAUCACCUGGGAUGCUUGCUAUCUCGUUGCUGUUGAAUGCUUCCCAACGCAAAUAAGAACGAUUGGAGUGGGUACCUGCUCGCUAUUAGCUCGGAUAGGUGCUCUUCUCGCUCCCCAGAUGGCGUACUUUUCCAAUUUGGCUGCUGCAUUGCCCUAUGCAUUGGUUGUUGGAAUCAGCGUCAUUUCAUUAGUCAUAUCAAUCUUAUUUCUUCCAAACACUAAGAACAUUAACUUAUCUGAUGUACAGUUUGAUGACGUUGAUGAAGAAUGA